AGCGCGCAGCGCGUAGCGUUCGUUCUAUAAAUAUAAUACGCUGGAAAGUCUUGGGGUCACUUCUUGCUUGUAAAUAAUGGCUCCAAGUGGCUCAACGUGUGCCGUUGUCGGCUGCACAAACAAUACGCGAAAACUGAAAGAUUUUAUGCAUGGGACAUGUUUCCAACAUAAACAGACCCGCUUGAUCUGUUGCCCGGCACCCUACUCACUUCAUGCAAUGCCCAAGAACGAGACGAAAACAAGAGAAUGGUUAGCAGCACUAAAGCUAAAAAACCCACCGAAGAGAGUGUAUGUAUGUUCUUACCAUUUUAUCGACCACAAACCAACUGAGCUUCACCCGAAUCCGGAGUUAUUCCUUGGUUAUAAACGACCAGUUAAGAACAGGCGAAAACUUAUCAGGUGCUCUGAUAACUUGGAGGUACAAGCUAACGCGAAUCAGACAUUAGCAUGGACCAGCAACUCGGAGGUGAAGCACGUACAAGAUCCUCAUUGCGGUGGGAACGCCUCUUCUGACGCCACCAUCCAGCCAGAGACCAGCGAGUGUUCCGUCCAGGCCCGGCGGGAGGCCCCUGGCUUACUGGAUCACGGCUAUGCGAAGGGUCUGAUGGUGCUGGUGCUGCUCCCAGCUCAACCAGCGUACAAAAUGGGCGACUUGCAUUCAGACCGGCGGGCCGCCUCUCUACAUUUGGGUCAGAACGAGCCUUCAGAGCCUGAAUGGACAACUAGACAAGCAGCAUCCACACCUCCGGAGGUCUACGAGUCUGCUGACGAGAGACCAAUGAUGAAGUCUGAAGACUUUGCUGGGAACAUGGAGCCUUCAGAGCCUGAAUGGACAACUAGACAAGCAGCAUUCACACCUCCGGAGGUCUACGAGUCUGCUGACGAGAGACCAAUGAUGAAGUCCGGGAACAUGGAUCUCGGACAUCCGUUUAGUCCUGUCUGUAACGUCACUGAAACGCAGCAGGAUUGCCAGUUGAGCGUGUUUGUGAAAGAAGAGGUAAUAGAGGAGGAGGAACAUGAUCAUGUGACUUCAUGUUCAGAUGAAGAAAAGCCCUUUGCAGAUCCUCAGUUUGGAGCUGAAACAGAGUCCAACGCUAGUGACAAUGAAACACAACAGACAGCAGCGGAGAUUGAAGUGAAGAUUGAAGAAGAUGAUGAGCCAGAACUGGAUCAUCCGUUGAGAAGACUUAAAGGCCGACCGAGCUGUGACAUCUCCCGCGACAUUUUGGAAGCCCAUUUGACGGAUGGGGUGAAACCACCAGAGAUUGCUCGUCUCUUUGGGUUAUCUACAAGCACAAUUCGACGACGAAUGGAGCAGUACGGUCUAAGAAUGACAGAUUUAUACACUGACAUUCAAGACAACCAGCUUGACCAGAUUGUUUUGGAAUACCACAGGAUGAACCCAAACGCUGGGUAUAAAACGAUGUAUACCUACUUGAAAAGUCAAGGGAUUCGAGUGCCAUUAUCUUUGUAUCCAUGUAAGGUAAUCGAGUGCGACAAUCAGUGCGAAGAGUGGAUGCAGAGGGAACUAAAGCUCGUCGGAUGUCAAUUCAGGCAUGCAUCCGUAAGCAGUACAGUGUCCCAGGUCCCAACAGUCUGUAGACGGUAACCAAAAAAUUGAUAAGGCAAGUUUCUCACAAAAGACAAAUAAUGUAGUCUAAGGUAGUCAGCACACUUGA